CAGACAUUCACAGGAAGCUGGACCAGCAAUGGCUCUGCUGAAGGUUCUUCUGCUGCUGCUGGGUCUGGGUGUUGCAGUGAGCUCAGUGUCUCUGCAGAAGAGAAUUGUUGGAGGUGAGAAAUGUAGAGACGAUGAGCGUAGGUAUCAUGUGAAGAUCUAUGGACAUAAUAAGGUACAGGAUUAUAUUUGUGGAGGAUCUCUGAUCAGCCAUCGUUGGGUUCUGACUGCAGCUCACUGCUGGGAGUCAGAUCCAGGAUGGAUUAUCGAGGCACAUGUCGGAGUUCAUCCUAAAUGGCUUCCCACAACGACGUAUAGAAUUACUCAUCAUGAGAUUUAUAGAGACAGCAACGGCCGUAAACAUGACAUCAUGCUCCUCAAGCUGCCAGUACUAACAACAAUCGAACCAGUCAAACUAGCUGCCUGUCCAGAUACUCUCCUACUCGGCACCAAGGUUCAGAUUGCAGGUUAUGGAGGAUCAAAACUUGGCCUGUUUAACAAAAGAAUCCAUCAUCGUUCAGAUGAUCUGCAGUGUGCAGAGAUUAAGAUUGAUAAACAUCACAAGAUGGAACUGCUCAUGUCUAAACAUGAGUUCUUUGAGUACAGUUUCCAGAAGUGGUACAGUGCACAAAGCUCUAAGAAGGACAUAUCUGAAGGUGACAAUGGUGGAGGAUGGGUGUUCCAGGACAGGCUGUAUGGAGUUUGUUCCUUCUCUGGACAUCCGGAGUAUGCACUCAGUGCACCAAGCGCUUUCAUUGACAUCUGUGGCUACAAGGAUUGGAUAGAAAAAACAAUUCGUCAGCCAGAAGAAAGAUUAAUCUGAAUUAUGACUAAAUGUUCCCAGCAUAAUAAAAUUACAAAGUUCAAGUUAAAUUUUACAUUUAAAUUUUCCAGUUGAUUCAUUUUGUGAUUUGCAGCUGAAUUAUUAAGGGAUUAAAGUUUGUGUACAAAUUAAUCUGUGACAAUAUCUUAUUUCUCAAUAAGUAAAGCUGCUGCUUGUAAUAAUCAAAUAUAAUAUCCACUGUCAAAUGACUGGAAAAUAAAUGGCUAUUUUCUGACCUGA